AUGGCAGACAGUGCGCCCAGAGAAGCCGAGCCGGAGCGGCGCGAGGCUCUCGACAUUCUCGAUGCCAAAGCCUCUCGAUUGGUAGAGCUCAUUAAGAAGAGCAAGCACUUUAUUGCCUUCACCGGCGCAGGAAUUUGUACCUCGGCAGGAAUCCCCGACUUUCGCGGACCUGAAGGUGCCUGGACACUCAGAGCCCAGGGAAGGCAGAGAACGGGCAAGGCGACGAGCACGCUCCAGGCCAUCCCUACUAAGACGCACAUGGCGCUCGUUGAGCUGCAGGACCGCGGCGUCUUGAAGUAUCUUGUUAGUCAAAACUGCGAUGGCUUGCACCGUAAGAGCGGGAUUCUACCAGAGAAGAUCUCCGAGCUUCAUGGCAACAGCAACCGCGAGUAUUGCAAAGAUUGCGACUUCCGCGCCGUAGCAACCUACGAAAAAUCGAUCCGCGACCACCGCACAGGCCGCAAAUGCCCCCUCUGCAACGGCACCCUCCUCGACACAAUCAUCAACUUUGGCGAGUACCUCCCCGCCGAACCCCUCGCCCUCGCCCGCUCCAACGCCAGAAAAGCAGACCUCUGCCUCGCCCUGGGCUCCUCCCUAACCGUCCCGCCAGCCUGCACGAUCCCCGAGACCGUCGGCAAGAAGAAGCGCACAAAGACAAAUCCGGCCGGCGGGACGCUCGCGAUUUGUAACUUGCAGAGUACGCCGUUGGACCACCUCAGCGAGUCGCUGCGCGUGUGGGCCACGACGGAUGAUUUGAUGGUACGGGUGAUGGAGAAGUUGGGGAUCCCGAUCCCGCGGUUCGUGCUGAGGCGGAGGUUGGUGGUUGAGGUUGAGGUGACGGGAGAGGAGAGGUAUCAGCUUACGGCGAGGGGCGUCGAUGUAGACGGCACGCCUGCGAGCUUUUUGCAGUCUGUGAGAAUGCAGGGUAACAGGCGCGUUGCGUGGACUGAGCCGUUCACCAUCCCUUUUCGGGGGGAGUUGGUUAGGGAGAUAGAGGUCAAGGUGGAGCUGGAGUUUAUGGGGCAUUAUGGUGAGCCUGUUUUGGAGAUUGGGAUGGAGUAUCAUGGUGAGGAGAAGCUGGAGAGGAUGUAUCUGCUCGAGUAUGACCCUUCGACUGGGGCGUGGAAGGUCAGUAGACAUGACGAUGGGGUUCUCGCCGGGCGAGGUGGCACAGCCGAGACAGAUGAGGGCAUGGAGGAUUCGCUGAUGAUUUCGGCUGAAGAUGCGGGUGUGCCCAGCCAUAUCAUCGCCUCGCCUGCGGCCGGUGAGAUCAUCGACCUCACUUCACCAUGA